ACCUAUCUUUAUUUCAACAGAAAUCCAAGGCCCUGAAAAUGAAAAACUGCUUGUGGUUGAAAAAGGACCAACUACUAUUGGAUCUAGGCGCGAUCGAGACAGCAUCGCCGUGGUGACGCAGUCGCAGUUUCAGCUGCUCGAAGCGCAAGUGGAGGAGCUGAUGCGUGCCGCGGGGCCGCUGCCGGAGCUCACCAUGCCUGACAACAAGCAGUUACGGCAGGACCUGGCCGCCGGCGCCUCUCUCACCGACGCCAUGCAGGCUAUGCAGGUGUCAGCUCGCGUGCAAGCCGCGGAGCAGGCCAUUAUGAAGCUGGGUGGGCUGCUGACGCAGCUCGCUGUCAGCGGGGCGCUGCCGCCCGACGCUGCCGGUGCUGUCAUGGCGGGUGGCUGGGCGGACGAAGACGAGGCGCUGAUAAAAUCAACAAAUUUGGGCACGGCGUACCAGUCGGUCCGCGUCGGCCCGUCGGCCAAAGAUGUGCCUGGACACGGACAGUGGGGCGGGGAAUACUCCUCUUGCGAAACAGAGGUUUGCCAGGUGGCUAAUUACAGGGGCAACAAUAGCGCAGGCGUGCUUCAGGAAUUUCGUUGGUAUGUUGUCCCACCCGGGGGCGCUAUCGGCCCUGAGGCCCAUGACAACACAGUGUACUUCCUGGGGGCCGGAAAAAUGCCGCCAGGAGGGACGGGGGUUCCGUCGAAGGACAGCGUGCCCGCUGCCGGCAAGUUCGUCACUAAACCGGAGAUGGGCUCAGCGCUGACGAACUUUCGUGAUGAAAUGACAAAGUCACUGCAGGCACAAAUCGACAAAGCUGCCACGUCUGCCGAGAAUGCCGAGAGGACGGCCAAGACCGUCGGCGAGAAGGUGGAUGACAUCCUGAAGAUGGACGUGCGGCUGACGAUGCUGCACUCUACGGUUGAGGACUACACCGAGCAGCUGAUCGGCUUCGACGCUGGUCUCACCACUCAGAUGGCAAGUUUCAAGGAGCAGAUGGCGGCGAUCCGCGCCGAGCUGCAGGGGGGGCUGCAACAGCUGGAGAUCGGCAACAGUAACCCCGAGACUGCUGCGGUGAUGGAGUUGAACGGGCGUUUCGAGGACCUUGUGAGAGGGCUGGACGAGACCCUGCUGCAGCACACGGCGCUCUCCAACAUGCAGCACCAGCUCACUCUGGAGCUCAAGACGUUGGUGGAGGGCGUCGAGAUGCUGCGGGAACAGAAAGCUGACCGCGAUGAACUGCUCGACAUUCUGCGAGACAAGGCGGACAUCAGCAUGUUGGAAGGCCUGGUGCGACAGGAGGAGUUCGAAAGAGCGCAAGCGUAUCUGGAGCAGCGGGUUGAUCAGUGCAACAACAAGUUUAAGAGGCAGGACGAAGUCUGGAUGGACGCAAUAAAGGACCUUCGCGAGCUGACGGACACGAAAGCUCAGAUAACGGAGCUGUUAAAGAUCCGGGACGAGGCGACAACACAGCUCCAGUCCAUUGAUGAGAGAAUCAACCGACUCGCUCUCAUACUUGGAGAACCCAAGGCGGCAAUGCUGAUGCGUAAGCUGGCGCGCGACGCCUCGUGCGGCUCGUGCCUGACGCCGGCCAUGAUGCCCCCGGGCGCGCCCGCCGCGCCGCCCGCGCUCCCCGCGGCCCGCGGGCCCAAGCCGCCGCCGCCGCCCGCCCCGCCCGAGCCCCAAGCGGCCCACUACCCCGACUUCAGAACCCACAAAUGCAACCGCUGGGUGGGCGGCUCCCACACGCUGCUGCCGGCUGGUCGUGUGCACGCCGCGCCCAUCGACGUGCCCGACGUCACGAACAAGUACACAGGCUACGGUGACGACGGAAGGAUAUACUGGAUGGAAAGUCCAAUGGAAGCGUGCGUGGAGUGUAAUCCGGAGCCGGCGCCCGCGCCGCCCAGCACCGCGCGCACCGGCGGCGGCGCGGCGGGCGCGGGCGGAGACGCGGCGCCGGGGGACUGCGCCUGCUGA